GGAGGAUGUAAAAGCUGGUUCAAACCGGUUUGAAUCUUCAUUUCUAUAAAAACUUUAUAAACAUCCAAAUUCAAGUAAUUUUCGGGCGAACUCCCUGGACGAAGGUUGUUUUCACUAGUGCAGUGUACUAUAGUUAUCGUUUUUCUUGUUUGUGUCUCCCUUCGUCACAUAAGAAACCAUGCCCAAAAGAAAGGCUGAAGGAGAUGCAAAGGGAGAUAAGAGCAAGGCAAAGGAAGAGCCACAGAGGAGGUCUGCAAGGUUGUCUGCUAAACCUGCUCCACCCAAACCAGAGCCUAAACCCAAGAAGGCAGCUCCAAAGAAAAGCGAUAAAGGGGCCAAGGGUAAGAAAGGUAAAGAAGCUGGGAAUAACCCUGCAGAGAAUGGAGAAGCUAAAUCAGACCAGGCACAGAAAGCUGAGGGAACUGGAGAUUCGAAGUGAAAAUGCUGUUUAAAAUUUUAAUAACUGUGUACUUCUGGUGACUGUACAGUUUGAAAUACUAUUUUUUAUCGAGUUUUAUAAAUGCAUUUGUUUUUAGUUGCGUAUGUUAGGGGCAGUGUUGCAAGGGGAUUUCAAGAAUGUCUGCUUGUUCUAAUGGGACAAGUCCUCCAAACCAGUUCAGGUUUUCCAUCCAGUUUUGUUUUUAAAACUGCAGUAUAAUUUAACCAAGUGAACAGUUUCCUGCUUAUUGUGGUUUUGAUGGAUUGAAUAGGCAGCUAAUUGGGGGUGGGCUUGAUGUGCAAAAGAUUGGGGUCCCAUUUUAUAUUGGUAUGCUGCAGUUUUUUUAAAAUGUUUUCCCCCAUCAGAGUUAGGGUUGACAGGGAAGCGUUGUUAAACAACUGUUGUAAUGUGAAUUGUCAAUCCUCACUAUAAAUCAUGGACUUCUGGACUUUUUGUAUUGGUUUAAACUUGUUUCAGAAAAUAUUCUGCCAUGUUCCAACUUGUAACAAUGUCAGUACUGUUUUUUUGAAGCUUGUAUUAAUAAAAGCUGGAUACUGUUCUGCUUGGAAA